GUCUCGUUCGUGGCCACGGGAAAACAACAACGCAGGGCUCUCCUAUCUACAGCUCGCGGCGGUGCGCAGCACGACUCGUGCUCUGUUUCUGUUGUGUUCCGUCGCGUGCGUGCGUGAGCGGCGCCAGCUACGACGGAAGCGGCCGCCCGAGGACCAGGAGGAGGCGGAUAAGAAUAAGAUGGCCAUUGGCCGAGCAGCGUCCCCUGACCCUCCCAACGGCUCGCCGGCCGCGCUGCCGGGCCUGGAGCAGCCCCUCCUCCACGCCCACGGGGCCCUGCAGAAGCGCAAGGAGCCGGCGGCGGGCGACCACGAGGCGCAGUGCUCCCCGGAGCCCGACGACGGCGCGACCUUCGUGUGGACCUGCUUCAAUGGCCUCAACGCCCUCUCCGGCGUUGGGCUGCUGUCCAUCCCGUACGCCCUGUCGGAGGGCGGGUGGCUGAGCCUGGCGCUCCUGCUCGUCGUCGCUGCAGUCUGCUUCUACACUGGCCUCCUGCUUCAGCGGUGCAUGAGCGCAUCGCCAGCCGUGCGGGGUUACCCGGACAUCGGCGCGCUUGCGUUCGGGCGUAACGGCCGCCUCGCCGCGUCGGUGUUCCUCUACGCCGAGCUCUACCUCGUCGCCAUCGGGUUCCUGAUACUGGAGGGUGACAACCUGGACAAGCUGUUCCCGGGCACCAGCCUCAGCCUCGGCGGGCUCGUGGUCUCCGGGAAGCAGCUCUUCGUCGUGCUCGUGGCGGCUGUCAUCCUGCCGACCACGUGGCUUAGGAGCCUGGGCGUGCUCGCGUACGUGUCCGCUAGCGGCGUGCUCGCCUCGAUCGUCGUGGUCUUCUGCGUGCUGUGGGCCGCUGUGGUCGACGGCAUCGGGUUCCAGGGGAAGGGAAGGGUGCUCAAUGUCAGUGGCCUGCCCACUGCUCUGGGCCUGUACACCUUCUGCUAUUGUGGCCAUGCCAUUUUUCCAACAGUCUGCAAUUCCAUGAAGGAAAAGAAAAAGUUCUCCAGGGUGCUGGUCAUAUGCUUCGUUGCCUGCACCCUCAACUACGGAUCCAUGGCAAUUCUCGGCUACCUCAUGUACGGCGACGACGUCAAAUCCCAAGUGACACUGAACCUGCCCGAGGGGAAGAUCAGCUCAAAGCUGGCGAUCUACACGACACUGAUCAACCCGUUCUCCAAAUACGCUCUGAUGGUAACGCCGCUCGCUAUAGCAGUUGAAGAGAGGCUGCUGCCCGCUGGCAACCAGAGGUCUGUCAGCAUACUGACCAGGACCCUCAUCGUCCUCAGCACGGUCAUAAUCGCCCUCGCGGUCCCUUUCUUCGGCCACCUCAUGGCGCUCGUCGGCUCGCUUCUGAGUGUCAUGGCCUCGAUGCUGCUCCCUUGCAUAUUCUACCUCAAGAUCUUCGGUGUGGCACAUUGCGGCAAGGCGGAGGUUGCGUUGAUCGCCACAAUCAUCGUUCUUGGUUCCCUGGUUGCUGCGACGGGGACUUACUCUUCUCUGAAGAGGAUUGUUCAAGAGUUCUGAAGAAGAGCUGCACAUCAUGAAAUACCGAUGUCCGAACUGUUGAUCUUUUGUAGCAGCGCCAGUGCAGUUCCAUAGCUCAACUUCAGCAGAUUAGUCUGAAUCAGUUUUAGGAUGCUGUAGACAGAAGACAAGGCAGGUCCGUAUGUUACAAGUUCUUCUGAGGCAUGUAUGCUUGAGCUGUAGGCCAUGUACUUCUUUUGUGAGAAAAAAAUGUAGUCAUUUGCCACUGUAAGACAAGGAGGGCACCGCAUCCGAUUCGACUGUAAGAAGUGAAUAAACUGAGACAUUUUAUCGAAGGUAUGUGAACUGCGUUGCUUAAUGCCUUCAGUUGUUCAGGCUAAAGCCUAAACGCUAGUGGGCGCAAAUUAUAUCCCAAAUCAAUCUUCUUU